AUGCGGAACAAAGAUCACUGUUGUGUUCCUAAGUGCAAUAACAAUAGAUCAAAAGUGCAGUCUAAUAUAACCUUUCAUCAAUUCCCGAAAGACAAAGACUUAAGAAGACAGUGGAUUAUAAAAAUUAAGCGUGAUGUCGGCCGGUCCUUCAAGGUAAAUGGCCUUUUAUAUAUCAUAGUUCAGUUUAGCGUCGUUUCAGCGUUGUUUAUAUAGCAAACCUUAUAUUUUUUCCGAUAUCUUUCAGAUAACCAACAGUACAAGAGUUUGCUCUGAUCAUUUUAAACCCACAGAUAUAAAAAAAAACUAA